AUGGCGGAUCACCACCUACUUCACACCCCUUCCCCCUCGAACGAUCUCAAGCUCAGAGGCAGAGCUGAGCACGAGCCACCAAACAAGGCCCUCAUCAAGAUCCUCAGGAUCAGACGCAUCGUACAUGCCUUCGUCUCCAAGCACGCCGGCCGCGUCGCCAUGGCGCUGGAUGGAGCGAGGGCGAUGCUCCUGGACCUUCUAAGCAAGAAGCAGGCUGCAGGCGUCGAGACGAGGAGGAAGAUCAAGAGGAAGCAGAGGGGGGAGACGAACAACAAGGAUCCACCCUGCUGCAUUUGCGGCUGUGCUGAAAUGCACCUCAACCUGCUCCCGCCGUCAUGGUCAUCGUCGUCGUCCAAGACGACGGCCGUCCUGGAGCCGCUUGAACCCGGGUUAUUACACUAUUCCUACUAUGAUCCGUCCUGGAACACGGAGAUCCCUCCUGAGCUGCAGCUGCCACCAAUCGCCGGGUAUCUCGAGAGGCCUGACGAAGAGUAUGGAAUAACGGAAGACGCUGAGGACGGCGAGGAAGAUGGUGGGGGUUACCAUGAGAUUGAUAGCCUUGCAGAGAGGUUCAUCGCGAGGUGUCAUGAGAGGUUCAUGCUGGAGAAGCAGGAGUCAUACCGGAGGUACCAGGAGAUGCUGGCUAGAACCAUGCAGUUGACUGAAAUGACAUAA